AUGCUCCCCUGUCUCCUGAGGGCAGCUUACAAUGGACAUGAAGCCACUGUACGAUUGCUCCUCGAGCGUGGUGCUCGUGUUGAAGCAGCCGGCAAUUCGCCCCGGACGCCACUUUCGUGGGCGGUAAUGAGAGACCAUGAAUCCGUCGUGAGGCCACUUCCCGAGCAGGGUAUGGAGGUUGACUCUGUUGAUAAUUCACGUCGAACACCACUCUUGUGGGCUGCAGAGGGGGGAUCUGAUGUCAUGGCUCACAUACUCGUCGAGAAAGGUGCCAAUAUAGAGGCACUUGACCCAGACGACCAACAGACGCCUCUCUCGUUGGCGGUUGAAAAGGGCCAUGAGAAGGUGGUACGCGUGCUCUUGGCGAACGGAGCAAACCCUUCAGCGGUCGACUCGCAUGGCCUAACGCCCCUAUCUUGGGCUACCGAUAAUGGACAUGAUCAGGUUGCCCGAUUGCUGAGGUCCUUUGGUGCCCAGAGUCGUCCGUUGUCAUGA